AUGCUAUCAUUCGUGGCAUGGAAACGUACCGCGUGUAACGCCACUUUAAUCUCCAAAGCUUACGUUUCUUUUUUAAGAAAUCUAUUUUCACAACUAUCAGGAAUGACAAGUGAUUUUUUUGUCAAACCACACAUACAUAAAGAUUGAUACACCAUCACAUUGCGCAUAAAUUAAUAUAAGCACAUACACUUAUCUUAUUUAAAUAUUCAAUUUUGCAAUACUGCUACAUGUUGAAAUACCUAUAACAUACAUAUAUGUGUGUACGUUUAUAAGCUCAAGUCUGUUUGUAUAUAUAUAGUCUACUGUUAUUGUAUAUCAUAUAAUGAAAAGAGAUUAAUCAUUGAAGUAUAAAGUGUUGUCUAGAGAUAAUACGUAAUAUUGCAUUUUAACUGAUAAUGGUCUGGCGUGAUUCUAGAUUGGCAUAUCUAAUGUGAUAAAAAGCUUGGAAAUGUCUUGUUACUCGCACAGUCUUGCUUGGUAACUAAAAGCAAAGCCACCUUGACAUAUUGACUUUAAACAUAUUGAGUACAAUUUCUUGACUUAUUAUUCUCAUAAAGUUAAUUCUGUAAUUAUCUGAGUAAAUAUCUGAAAGAUUUAUACAAUUUAUGCAAUUUUUAUUUUUAAAUCAAGUGCUUCUAACAUCAAAUAAUAAUCACAAUAUCUGAGACAGAAAAAUAAAACUUUUUUUCAUAUAUAACGAAAUUAUAUUAAAAGAACAAUGACUUGGGGAUCCCAACAGAAUAAUAACGAGAGUAUUUUAAAGAAUUAUAAUCAUCAAGUUUCUGUUUAUCAGGAAAGAUUUCCAUCAAUUUGUAAAGAAGCACCUUUCAGUGAUGAUCCAGAAGCUAUCAUAGAGAGAAAUGCAUGUGAUUAUAACACACGAAUUACCUUAAAACAAGCAAGAAGUGGUAGAGUUCCUAGAAAAAUUAGAGUUUACGCCGAUGGUAUUUAUGAUCUCUUUCAUCAAGGACACGCGCGGCAACUUUUACAAGCGAAGAAUAUUUUUUCAAAUGUUUAUCUUAUUGUUGGAGUGUGUAACGAUGAAUUAACACAUAGCAAAAAAGGAAGGACUGUAAUGACAGACUUAGAAAGGUAUGAUGCCGUUAGACAUUGUAGAUACGUAGAUGAAGUCGUUCGAGAUGCACCGUGGGAACUUGAUGAUGAAUUUAUAAAAAGGCAUAAGAUUGAUUUUGUCGCUCAUGACGAUAUACCGUACAUGACAGAUGAUGGAUCGGAUGUUUAUGCUAAAUUAAAAGCUAAAGGUAUGUUUGUAGCCACACAGAGAACGGAGGGUGUUUCCACGUCGGACAUCGUUGCGAGGAUAGUAAAAGAUUAUGACAUAUACGUCAGAAGAAAUCUCGCACGAGGUUACAGCGCAAAGGAACUUAAUGUGUCUUUUCUCAAUGAGAAAAAAUUUCGCCUACAAAACAAGUUUGAUGACCUAAAAGAUAAAGGAAAGCGAGUAAUGGAAAACAUUGGCGAGAAACGGAUGGAUAUGAUAAGCAAAUGGGAAGAGAAAUCUCGGGACUUUAUCGAUGCUUUUCUCUUGCUGUUUGGAAGAGAAGGCAGAUUGUCAACAAUUUGGAAUGAGAGUAAAGGCCGUCUGAUGCAAGCAUUAUCUCCACCGGCAAGCCCGAAAAGGGACAGUAGCCCAAGUAGUAGUAACAGUAGCAACAACGAUGAAGACCAGACAAGUCCACCACCAAAGAAAACGGGACGCUUUGAAUUUCCACAAAAUAAUCACUAUUUAAGUGAUGAUUAUAGUGAUGAUGAAGAAGAUCAUUUACGCUCCAAAUGAUAACUAAUUACAUUAAAGAGGCAUAUAUUCUCACUGACCAAAACAAGCGUGCAAUUUUUAUUUAUUACCUUGAAAGUUUAGAUGUAUUUUCAUACACAAACUGCUGAUACUAUGCUUAAAUGGAUUUUGUAUGAUAUUGUAACGCGUAUGAUAUUAACUAGCGUUAUACAUUAAAAUUGUCUGUCGUGA